AUGAAUAGCCUUGAGCUAAAUCUUCAUGCAAUAAUACUAGAUGAACUAUCAAAUGUUUUAGGUACUGAUCCAGAAACUACCAAAGAAGAAGUUUCACAGUUAAUCAAAAGAUGUUUGCCAAUGAUGCCAAUGAUAAAUAAGGAUGAAGUAGAAAGUGAAAAUUUGGAUUUUAAAGCUGGUUUGAUGACAAAAGCGCUCUUUCAAGAUGUUUCUGCAUUAGCUUUUUUUGCAUCAAUUACUACAAAUGAGUCCUAUGUUGAUGAGAUUCUUCCAAUUCUUUUGAAUUAUUUAAAAAAUCUUGCUAGAUUUUCAUAUGAGGAAAAUCUAACCUGGAAAGAUUAUUCAUUACCUGAGCAACUUUCAUAUAAUCUUACACAUGAAUUAUUUGUUAUUUGCAGUAAACAAAAAUCAAAAUGUGAACUAAUUACUAAAGAAGUAUUCUCUCUUCUUGGAAAGUUGGGCGCAGAGUUAAAGACUCAAAAUGCUGAACAUGUAUGUACUAUUGUUAUACCAAUAUUAAAUGGUUUGUUACGUUCAAUUGAAAGUUCACAUCAUCCAUGGCAUUUUCAAGACUUUGAAUAUUUCGCCCAUCAAACUCAAACCAUAAUUGACAAUGAUACUUUACAAGAAGUUCAACAGAUUAUAGAAACAAUAUUAAAAUCUUCAGAAUCACAUCACAUAUAUGUAAAAAGGUUUUUAUCAAGAUAUCAGAAUCAAGGAUUUCCAAUUUCUGGCAAUGGACUGUUAUAUUAUGUAACUAAAUUAUUGAAAAGUGUAUUGGCACGUUCAAUGUUUACUGAGAAAUAUACUGAAUAUACAAUGGCUUUAAUGUCAUUCAAUGAUAUAUGGAGCAUAUUAAUAAAUCAAAAAGCUGAAAAUCAUUUACCUAUUGCUGAUUAUGUUAAAAAAACAUUAAGAAGAAUCUAUGUAAUGUCAUUACAAUAUUUUUCUGAGUUAAAAGAUUUAUUAGAUAAUUUGGUGGCUCAAGAUAAUGAUUGUCUGCCAUCUUUGUAUGCAAGAGAAAUUAUGGCUGUUAGCUUAGAUUUAGCAGCAUUAGCAAGCAUUUGUCUCAUUGAAUUUGAUGAUGAAUUAAUUAGUAAACUCACCUCCUCAUUAUUUAAUGUUCCACAGACUCCAGAUGUAAAAGUUCAAGUGGCAGCACUUGAUGCAGCAACAUUUCUUGCUUUAAAUUUUCCACAGACUACAUUAAAUAUGAUUCAAUUAGUCCGAAAAUUUUUAAUAACUCCAUCAACUAUAUUUGAAUUGGCAGUAACUGUUGAUAAAAAUCUUACAAUUCUUGAAUAUGCAAUUGUUCGUCUAGCUCAUUGUCUUAAGGCUGUUGAUGGUGAUACAUCUAGAUCUGUAAUUUACAACCUUUUGACAUUACUUCAAUCGGGUGGUCAUGAUUUAUCGCCAGUAUCUUCAAAAAAUUCACUCACUCCAGUUUCUACUCUUGCCUCAGACACCAUUUCAGUCUAUAGUUCUAUUAGUAGCACCUCACAUACUGAAGAACAACGUCAACAAAUCUUUGAAAACAUUGUCUGUACAGUUACUGGAAUUGCUGCUUUAGCUGUUUCAAUGUUAGGUUAUCGUUUACGUAAUCAUACUCCUGCUUUAGAUGCCCUUAUCCUUGAAAAAUUUGUUGAUAUUGCUCUAAUAUCAUCUGAAAAAAUUUUUACUGAAAUUGUAAGAAAAUUUAAUGAUAUUAGUCAUGAAUCUCUUUCUCCUGAAAACAAAAUGGUUACUACUGCAGUCCUUAAAUGUCAAAUGGAUUUAGCUAGUAGAAUAAAGUCACGUCCUGAAUUCUAUAGAAUAUUUUUAAAUAAAAUUUUAACAUUAUUUGUUGAUAAAGGUGUAGUGAUUCAACAGAUCAUUGCAAAAAAUGGUAGAUUUCAGAUUACUUCUUUAGCAGGAGAAAUUGGAAUUCUACUUCCUGUACUUAAAACUCUACUAUCACAUGAUGACUUCAAAGUGCAUUUGAAUGUUUCUAAAGAAUUGGUUGAACUUUUCCGAAAUUUGUGGUUUCACUGUGUCUUAUAUGGCUUUGUUUCAGAAGCUGAUGCAUGGAUACGUGAAUGGCGUGAUUCCUUGGUUCUAAUUGCACAAAAAACACCACCAUUGGUCCAAGAAGGUGCAACAAAUUAUCUUGAAAGUGAUUUAGAAUAUAACUCAGUAUUACGUCGUGGAAAUUCUGACCAGGAUCUUGCAAAUCUACGUUCAUCACUAUCAUCCUAUCUUCCAAACCAUGCUUCUGAAAUAAAAUAUUUUUCCUUUGCAGAAAUCACUUUUUUGCUUUCAGUAUAUCAUAUAGAAAUAAUGAGAAGCCAAUCAGGUCAAUGUUCUUUUAUUCACAGAUAUCUUGUUAAUCAAGGAGUGAAUACAAGCAAGUUGGUUGGUUGUAUGGAAGAAAUUGGAAACCAAGUAAUGGAUGUCUUUAUUAAUGAAUGUUCCAAAAGAGUAAUUUCGCAUACAAUCAAUGAGAAUGUAUACACACAAGUUCGUAACCUAAUGAUUGUAAUUUGUCAUCGUCUCAGUAAGGUUCAUCAACUGGCUGUUAAACAACUUGACAAGCUGAUUAUUGAGCUUCCUUCUUUAUUAUGCAACAAAAAGUUAUUAUAUUUAUUGUUGGAAUUAGUUGAAUUAAUCUGGCAAAGUUGUGAGAAUGAAUAUACAAGUGAGUAUUCACCAGAAUACAAGUUUUCAUCUCCAAAGGUUGGAGUGACACUUGACAUCCCUGAUUCUUAUAAUUAUCGAAGAGAAAUGUUAUCUAGUUUAUGUGAAUAUGGCAGAAAAUGGAUUUUAUUGGCAAUGAUGCAAACACCGUCAGAAAUUAGAAUAUUACUUCAGGAUUAUCUUGCAGAAGUAGAUCUAUGCUACUCGGAAAAUGUGGUACACAUGGGUAGAUCAAUUGCAAUUGAUGUUGCAAAAACGUCUUCAAAGGCUGAUCGUGAAAUAUUUCCUUAUGUUCUGAAUACAGCUACAGACAAUAUAUCUGAGUUUAUGAAAGAUUAUACUUCUCAACGAUAUUAUUCUGGGCAAAUAAUAGGUGCACAACAUUGGUUGACAUUACAAGCAAAUGAAGGUGAAAAUCUUGAAAAAUUACCCAUUAAGAUUGUAGAAAAUGUUUUGGAAAAACAGAGUCAAAAGAUAAAGAAUUCAUUGGCUAACCUUGAAAAAAAAAUUAAUGAUGGUGCACAUGUUUCUUUGAAGGAACUAAAUCAUUUGAUGCAUUUAGCUUCCAAUAUAAUUAUUGAAUUACCAAAGGCAGAUGAAGAUCUUAUUCAUUAUUUAAUUUGGAUUCCUAUAUAUAUUUUCACACCUGAUUCUCUUAAACUUGCUAAAUCUGUCUGGAGUUGGGUAAUUAAUGAGAGAUCAUCUUUCGAGAAAAAAAUCAUGGUAGAAAUUAUGAAUGGAUGGGUUUGGGCAAUGAAACAUCACAAAGGAUUAUUUUCUCCUUUAAUAAAGGGUCCAUUUGUAAAUAAAAUGCAAUAUGCACCUUCUGACAAGGCCACACAGGAAAAAACCAAUAAAAUUGCAAGGAAUUUAUUCAGUCCACAUCUUAUCUGGAUAAAUUUCUUGGCUGAUCGUUUCCAAGCCUUUCAUUAUAGAAGUACUGAAUUAGUACAGCUUUAUAUCAGACUUUUUCUAAAAACAUUAAAUGCAUCCAGCACUUUGAGCAAUCAUACUCUAUCACUUGAAGGAAGACUACAAAUUCUUAUUAACGGGUUUAAAUUAAUACAAUCUCAUCAAUUGGAGGCAUCAACUGAAUAUAUUUUUCGUAGAAGCCUUUUUGGUUCAGCUUUUAAUUGGUUUUCUUUGCCACCAAGAUGGCCUUAUGGUGGUAAUAAAAGAUGCAUGAUUAUAGAAUAUAAACUUUUAAUUGAAUUAUACAAAUUGGUGGAGAUUGAUAAACCUGAAUUAAAUGAAAUUUUAUCAGCUAUACCAAAAAAAUAUUUACAAUACAAUUUAUCAAAUAUCUCAACCUCUCUGAUAGUAAAUGGUGACAAAACUAAAGAUGAAAUACUGAAAAUAUUUUCAAAAUCUAAGAAACUUUUACUUGUACUGCUUGAAAGUGAAAUUGCUAAUUUUGCAACUUGGAUAAAUCCAUUAAAUAUUCCAAGCACUAAUAAAGAAUCAAUUUCACCUAAUGUUCUUUCAGACGAUUCUUGGCAAGGUGUUGUCCAACAUGCAUGGUCAAUUUCACCACGAUUAGCGAUCCAAUUGGCCAAUCGUUUCAAGCAAGUUGUGAUUCAAUCAGAAUUACAAAAGAUAAUGGCAAGUAAAAUUAUUGAAGCAGUCAAUAUAUCUGAAGCAUUGCCUUUAUUGCUUGGUGAUAAAUUGAACCAGAAUGUUCUACCACAAUUAAAAUACUUAUUAUAUUGGGCACCUGUUCCCCCAAUUACGGCAAUCACAUAUUUUUCACCUGCUUUUAACAAUAAUCCCUUAAUAUUGCAAUAUGCAAUGCGGGCUUUAGAGUAUCAUCCAGUUGAUGUAGUAUUUUUUUAUAUACCACAAAUUGUACAAGCAUUACGAAAUGAUUUUUUAGAUUCAAUAAAACCAACAUUAGAACGUAUUAUAAAAAACAUUACUGAUUCUUUAUCUGGUAAAGAUAAAGAAUUUUAUGAACGUGAAUUUACUUUCUUCAAUAAUGUAACAUCAAUAUCAGGGAAAUUAAAACCAUUUAUUAAAAAAUCCAAGCCCGAAAAAAAGAAAAAGAUUGAUGAAGAAAUGGCCAAGAUUAAGGUAGACGUAGGUGUAUAUUUACCAAGUAAUCCAGAAGGAAAAGUAAUUGAUAUUGAUUACACAUCAGGACGACCAUUGCAAAGUCAUGCAAAGGCACCGUUUAUGGCAACAUUCAAAAUCAGAAAAACAAGACAUGAUUCUGAGGAAGUUAAGGAAGCAUUAAUUCAUACUGAUAGCAAAAAUGAAGAACAAACAAUAGAUGUCUGGCAAUCGGCCAUUUUUAAAGUUGGUGAUGAUUGUAGACAAGAUGUGUUGGCUUUACAGUUAAUAGCCAUAUUUAAAAACAUAUUUACAAGUGUAGGACUAGAUUUAUAUCUUUUUCCAUACAGAGUUGUUGCAACAGCUCCAGGGUGUGGAGUUAUUGAUGUUAUACCUAACUCAAUAUCAAGAGAUCAAUUAGGUCGAGAAAAGGUUAAUAGCCUUUAUGAUUAUUUCCUUACUCGAUAUGGUGGUUUAGACUCUAUUUCAUUUCAAAAGGCAAGAAAUUGUUUUAUCCAAAGUGCAGCAGCCUAUUCUGUUGUUUCAUUUCUUUUGCAGAUUAAAGAUCGCCAUAACGGAAAUAUAAUGUUAGAUGAUGAAGGUCAUAUAAUACAUAUUGAUUUUGGAUUUAUCCUUGACAUUGCACCAGGUGGUAUUACAUUUGAAAGUUCACCAUUUAAACUUACAACAGAAAUGAUCCAAGUAAUGGGUGGUGGUACAGAAGAACAACCAUUUAAAUGGUUUUCUGAAUUAUGUAUUAAAGCAUAUUUGUCAUCAAGACCAUAUGCUGAACAGAUAAUGCAGUGUGUUGGCUUAAUGCUUAGCUCAGGACUCCCUUGUUUUAGAGGUGAAACAUUAAAAAGAUUAUGUGAUAGAUUCCAAUUGGAUCGAAAUGAGCGUCGUGCUGCAGAUUUUAUGAUUGAAAAGAUCAAUCAAUCAUUUGGAAAUAAAAGAACAGUUUGGUAUGAUAGUUUCCAGAAAGCCACGAAUGGAAUUCCAUAUUAA